UAUCUGCCACCUGGAAUUAAGUGGGUCAUUGAAGAUUUUCUUCCACUAGAAUGUACCCUUCAGAACAACGAAUGUGAUGACGCGUUCAAAUGGCCAGUUGUGGUUAAGCGUUUUGGAUCCAAAAUUGGUUUCGCAGAUGGAUGGGAGGAAUUUGCAAGAGAUCAUCAUCUGGAGGAAAAUGAGCAAAUGUGUUUCGAACUGCAAGGUCCAAACACAUUUAUGGUCUAUCAUUUUAACAUUGGUUGUUGCAGGAAAGCAACUAGAACUGUGAUUGGAUCUUGCAUUUCUGACGAUGAAAGGAGUGUUGAUGAUGAUGAAAUGUUUGAUGGUUGUUUCAGUAUACAGACUUCUUUAACCCUUGUCACCCGAGGAAGACAG